AUGCGGCUUUGGAGUUCACCUACAGGAUUAUUCCCUUAUUCAUUUGAUGAGGUAGUUUCUGUUUUCUGGGACAGAUAUCCUAAUAACUUUGCAAAACACAUUCUGUCUGAAGAUGUUCUAGAGAGAAAGAUCACUGAACACACAAUUUUCACAAAGAAGUUGAUUGUAAAACAGGGAAGUUCCAUAUUAAAACGUGUUCCUCGGUGGCUCACUAGAAUGACGGAUAUUAGAACUGUGCCAGUUAUAGAAGAAAGUAUUUAUGACAGGAGAACCAAAGUGUUGACUACUUAUACGAGGAAUGUUUCGCAUAACGAGCUCUUCUCGUUACAUGAGAAGUGUUCGUACAAACCUUUACCAGAUUCUCUGCAAUUCCCUGUCACAGAAUUGCUCAGGAGUGUAUAUAUUCAAAUUAAUAGUGGCAAGAUGAGUUCUGUUUAUGAAAAGCUUAUGCUGAUGGGAUUUAAAAAAUCUGUCGAACGUUAUAACUGUUACUCGUUCUAUAUUUUUUUUUUCGUUAAAAAAGACUUCUAG